UCAGUUUUCUAAAGAUUUCUUGAGUUGUGGUUGUAUAUUGUGUGCCGGUUCCAUUAUAUAGAGAUGCUAUUUUUUCUGCAUUUUAUAAAGGAUUAUAGGACGUUUUGUGACUUAAAUAGUUUGUGAUACUGUUCAUUUGUUAUUAUUUCAUUUAAAAUAUAGUGAUUUGCGUGUAUUGGUGUAUUUAUUUGCGUAAAUCUUGAGUGGUUGUGCAAGGUUUCGUCCCCUUCGAGAUUUUGUGUAAUAACCAGUGAAGUCUGUCUCGAGGAUCUUGUGAUGUGUGCUGUUGGUAUUACGAUGCAUUCCCGAUAGAGAUAAUAUGCUUCCAGCUGCGAAACGGGCUAUGGCCUCGUAAAAGGCGGGAAGAGACUUUUUUCCGGUGUGUGCGUGAACAGCUGGCAUGGGCGCGUCGGGCGGUUCGGACGAGUUCGUGCCGCCGCGGCUGUCGCGGCUGCUGCACGCGCUGCCGCACAUCAACGUCACGCUGCACCGUGUCAACGACACCUUCGCGCCCAACUCGCCGAUAUACCUUGAGAGUCUCGGAAUCCUCGGCUCGAUCCCGGGCGCCUGGCUGAUCCUCACGCUGACCGUGCUGCUCAUAUACUUGCUCACAAGAUGCUGCGACAGGAAGCAACGCCCGCCGAAGAGUAUCACCGCGCUCAAGAUAACACUGAUGAUACUGUCUGUACUCUGCUGCGGCGCGAUCGGUGUCGGCCUCUUCGGCAAUGAUGACCUGCACAACGCGAUGCUGCAGAGCAUCCAAGCUGGCAACCAGCUCGCCGCGCUGGUCAAUACUGUUAAAAACCAGUCAAGCAUACUAGAAGAGGCGAUGGGUUCCCGCGCCCGGGCGCCUCUAGCGCGAUUAGCGGACGCCCUAGACGCGCCCGUCGCCAACCAGACGGCGCUGGGCACGCUGCUGCGAGCGCUGUCAGCGCUGAGGAACAACGCCAGCGCGGCGGCUUCGGCCGCUGACAACCUGCGGCGGCCGCUGGCGGCGCUGAACUUGGACGCGUUUAUGAAGCGGCUGUGGAUAUGGGAGGCGGCGCGCUGGGCGGGCGGCAUGGCGGGCUGGUGCUGCGGCGGCGCCGUCUGCGUGGCGCUGCUGGCGGCGGCCGCGAGGCGCUCGCGCCGGGCUCUGCUGCUGCUUUGUGUGUGCGCGCUGGGCGCGCUGGUGGCGUGCUGGGCGGCCAGCGCGGCGCUGGUGGCGGGCUCGGUGGCGGCGGCCGACGCGUGCCAGGACCCCGCGCGCGCCAUCGCGCUCUACGCGCCGCACCGCCUGCCGCUCGACAUGGUGCACUACUACCUGUCGUGCAAGGUGUCCCGCGAGAACGUGCUGACGGCUGAGCUGCGCAACGCGCAGCGCGCCGUGGUGGCGGUGCGGCAGGCGCUGGCCGUGCUGUCGCGCGGCGCGCCGCAGCUGUUCAACGAUCCCGGGCUGCAGCCGGCGCUGGGCGCGCUGGGCGCGGGCACGGGCGAGGCGGAGCGCGCGCUGGUGUCGCUGAGCAGCGCGCUGGAGUGCCGCAUGGCGCGCGCCUACUUCGUCACCGCGGCGCGCGCCGCCUGCGACGCCGGCCUGCAGGCGUUAAGCCUUCAGCUGCUGGCGGCUGUAGUGGCUGGGUUCCUCUUCACCGCUAUCGUUCUGGUCGAUUCGCACGCGUGGAUAUACAUCAACACUAAGCGCGCGCCGGGCGGCGAGGAGCAGGCGCCGUUCCUGGCGGGCGCGGCGUGCGGGGGCGCGGGGGCGCCGGGCGCGGGCCGCACGCUGCCGCGCCCCGCGCCUUUCCCCAACGGCAAGCCGCCCUCCUACAGCGCCGCCGUGCAGCUCAUGGACCUCGGCGAGCGGGAGCGCGAGCGGCCCAGGUCGCGCGUGUCCGGCAGCGCGACACUGGGCCGCAACAGCGGCGGCGCGCUGGGCGGCGCGCUGGGCGGCGCGCUGGGCGGCGCGCACACGCUGGGCCGCGCGCCGCACAACGGCAAGUACGCGACGCUCAGCAAGCAGUGCAAGACGCUCGAGAGCAACGACUUCUACUGAGAACGGCCUGGCGGCGCGCCCGAGCCUGCUGGUCAAGCGGGGCGUACGGCCAGCCUGAACCGGUUCGACCCGAAGUACGCGUCGUUCGGGCCGCGCGCGGCGCGCCCCCGCCCGCCCGCGCCGCCGCCCGCGCUCGCCACGUUCUCGCCGCCGCGCGACAAGUACGCCACCGUGCGCCCGCCGCGCCGCGCCGACCCGCAGCCGCUCUCCGCCGCCGCGCUCGACUACCGCAGCC